GGCGAUGGGAUGAUUGUGCUGACUCAUGCUGAGUUAGUUACUGUGAAGUGCAGAGCAGAGGGAGUUAAAUUAAAAGCAAUCUGUGGUUUGCAGGCAUUGCAAUCCUGCACCAGAUAGGGAGCAGUAAGAUUUUUGAAGUCUUGAAAACUGCAUCUUCUUUCAGAAGGAUGGUAACUCUGAGGAAAGUUAUCAAAACUGUACUCAGCAUUGAGCAGGCGGAAGGGGUUGGGGCACGUGUUCGGAGAAGCAUUGGCAGGCCUGAGUUAAAAAAUGUGGAUCCUUUUUUGUUGCUUGAUGAAUUCAAAGGAGGUAAACCAGCUGGCUUUCCUGAUCACCCCCAUCGGGGUUUUGAGACGGUAACUUACCUGUUAGAUGGUGGCUCUAUAGCCCAUGAAGAUUUUUGCGGACAUGCUGGUAAAUUGAACCCAGGAGAUUUACAGUGGAUGACAGCAGGGCGGGGUAUUCUUCAUGCAGAGAUGCUCUGCUCAGAGGAACCAGCACAUGCUCUGCAACUCUGGGUCAAUUUGAGAAGUUCAGAGAAAAUGGUGGAACCCCAAUACCAAGAACUGAAAAACAAAGACAUCCCCAAACCCUCCGAGAAUGGUGUGACUGUGUCUGUCAUUUCAGGAGAGGCACUGGGUGUAAAGUCAAAGGUAUAUACCCGCACACCAACAUUAUAUCUGGACUUCAAGCUGGACAAAGGAGCCAAGCACAUUCAGCCAGUUCCCAAAGGAUGGACAUCUUUUAUUUACACUCUGUCUGGCAAUCUGUAUGUUGGAUCUGAUGAUGCCCAACAGAAAAUCGAGCCCCAUCAUACAGCGGUGUUGGACGAUGGUGACGGUGUUCAGUUAGAAAACAAGGGUCCUGAAAUAAGCCAUUUUGUCUUAGUCGCUGGGGAACCGAUUAAGGAAUCCGUGGUACAACAUGGGCCAUUUGUGAUGAAUACUCAGGAAGAAAUUAUCCAAGCAAUUGAUGAUUACAGAAAUGCAAAAAAUGGAUUUGAGAGAGCUGCCACCUGGAAGUCAAAGAUAGGAAACCAAUGAUCUGCAAUGUUAAGAGUGUAGCUGGGUGUUUCAUAUUUACAUAAUUAGGGUCUGAUCCUGCAAACCCUUACACAUGUGAGUAGUCCUGUUGCCUUCAGUGGAACUACUCAUAUGCGUAAAAAUUACUGGAUCAGGCCAGUAGCGUAUAUUUAGUAUAAAUAAUUACCAAGGUGUGUAUGUGUGAAUAAUGUUUUUUGAGGGUUAAUGCUACAUUUUUGCAUAUAUAUGUAUAUGUGUGUGGAAAUGCAUUAAGUGAUUUUGUUUUGGUGUACAAAAUAUAUUUCUCUUUUGCUGCAAUAAAGACUUUCAUUUUAAA